UAUAGCUAUCUAGCUGUACCCCUCAACGUACUCGUAGUUGUAUCUAUAUGUAGGCAUGUAUAGCGGCUGCGCCCGCCCAUUGGUUUUACGAAUAAAGCGUGAGUGCGUUCUAUAGCUUCGGUCGUUUUACUUGUCUCGCACGCCUAUCAACUACUUAACAGUGGCGACGUUCUACCCGCGUUAACCGAAAAAAAAAGUAGUCUUGUGAAAUGUCUCAAUUUGGAUUACUAUCGAGUUUUGACCACAAUUCACAGUCGUGGCAAGUGUACAGAGAUCGGCUCCAGCAAUGGUUUAUAGCCAACGAUGUUGUGGAAACCAAAGAUACCACAGGAGUCAAGCGACGAGCUAUAUUGUUGAGCGCACUCAACGAGUCCACGUACAAGCUAGCAGCAGAUUUGGCUAGACCCAAAGAACUUCAAGAAGUACCCUUUGAAGAUAUAAUCAAGUUGUUGAACGAGCAUUUUAUCUCUAAAACUUGUGGAUUUGGCGAAAAGUACAAGUUUUACGCUGCAACGCAAUUUCAAGGGGAAACUUAUCCACAAUGGGCAGCCAGGCUGAGGGGACUGACGGCGCACUGUGGUUUCCUGAACGUCGAGGAAGCAUUAAGGGACCAUUUCGUUAUGGGAAUGCUGCCUGGAGCGGAGAGAGAAAAAUUAUUCGCUCAGGACCCAAAGGACUUGACAUUAGCCAAGGCAGUGGAGCUGGCGGAGAGCCUGCGGAGCGCGCGCGCCGGCGCGGCGGCGCAGGGCCCGGCGGCGCUGGGCGCGACCCGCGCCGGCGACGCCGACCAACUGUUCAAGAUUGCGUCUACGCGUGCCAGUGAUAAAGUGUCGUGUUCUGUUUGUGGGUUUAAAAAUCACACGUCAGCUCAGUGUCGUUUUGCAAAUUACAUUUGCCGGAAAUGUAAUGUCAAGGGUCAUUUGCGACGUAUGUGCAAAAAAUUUAACUAUAUAGAAAACGAGGGUAUCGGUGAGAACGGCGACGACGUGCUUACAGAGUGAAGCGUACGGCGGAAGCAACAAAGUAUGUUUUGAAUCUGGUGAUUGUGUCAUGUAUAAAAAAAACUAUAGUAAUGGGAAAUAUUCCUGGUGUAAAGGGAUUGUUGUAAAAAAAAUUGCUAAAACAGUGUAUU